AUGGUAACUACAGCAGUAAAAACGAAGAUUUUGUCAUUGGUGUCAUUCUGGAUCCUUGGCUUGUGCAACAAUUUUGGAUAUGUAGUCAUGUUGAGCAGUGCACAUGACAUAUUAAAAUCGAAAACUUCAGCGCCCGAAAGUAAUACAGUAAGUACCCAGUUAUUUUAUUUUAAAUUCUUAGCGGAACGAGGAAUGUAUUAGUUUUACUAUAAUGAUUAUUAUUUUUUUUUUUCUGCGAACAAGAAACUUUGCUCUAAUUUUCAAGUGUAGCACCUAUUCUGAAAAGAAAUUUGACUGGGGUAGUAUACUUUAGAUAGGUAAGUAAUUUUUUGAUUUUCCCAGGGGUUUUUAUAAUAAAUGGGAAACCGGGAAAAUGUACAAAGUGCAUAAUUUUCAAAUCGUAAAUGUUACCUAUAGCCUUUCAAAACAUGUAUAACCAGAUUCCGCUCAGAAUCGUUUUUCGUUAGCAGCGAUUAAUCUUUGCGUACAGAUAUACAUUAAAUUUCUACUCUACCUUCCCAACUCAUCUACAAUAACAGUGGCCCACCCAUCAUGUGAAUUAUGUCCGUUUAAAACAAAAAAUGUGCUACUAUUGAUGCAACUUAUAUAUAAAUUGAAAAUAAAUUUUGUCGUUGGAAUUUUAAAUUCCUUUCGAUCCGUUGACUUAUAAGUUUGGGUAGUGGAGUGGAGCGUUAUUAUUAAAACGUCGCAUGCUGUGCCAUCAUAUAAAUGAUGCUUUACAAAUCUCCCUUUACCUAAACUUAAAAGCUCGUCAAUGGGUUGAAGGAAAAAAAUCAACACUAAAAUAUACUUUAACUUAUACUACAUCUGUUUCUAGAAUUUUUAAUAUAGAUUGUCAUUUUAAAAUCAAAGUAGGUAGUUGUUUCACCCCCAAAAAUACGGUUUAUAAAAAUAAUGGCAAUGUAACAAUUUAGAGUUGCUUGUUUCUGAAACUGUUAAAAAAAAGUUAAUACUUUCCAAGAUAACGAGUGUACCCACUUAAUAAAUGAAUGAAUAAUAUGAAUAAAUUAAUAAUUAAUGAAUUUCCUUGUACAUACGUGUCAGGGGCGGAUAGGCAUGAUCUGAAUGGCCUGUGAAAAAUAAAAUCUAGCGCACCGCAUGAUCAUAUCCAAAUUUCAACAAAAAAAUUACCUCAACCUUGAGUGCACCAACACCCACCUCUUUUUUUUGUUAAGAAUAGAAUAUAAAUUUAAUAUUAAUCAUUACGGCAUUACUUACAUGAAGUUUCAGAAUUUUAACUUGGUAUAAUAAGGGAGGAGUUUAAAUGAUAAACAAAAUAUUUUCAUUUUCGUUAUUUAUAGUUCAGUAUUUCAUAAAAUAAAUGUAUUAAAGAAGAAUUAUUUCUGAUUUCUGGUACUCAUUCACUAACUAGUGACCUCUUUACACUUAACGUAUAUUUGAGAUGAUUAAUUCUUCUGUUUAUAAGUAUUGAGGGAUCUUAGUAUCUCGAGCACUCUCUCAGUUUCCACCUCUUUAGCUGUUACGCAGGGCCGUAUUUGAACAUUUUGCGCCCCGGGGCAACAAUAUUUCUAAAUUUAUUUAGAUUAUUCAAAAUUCUUUAUAUUUAGAUUAUUUUUUUUGUUACAUAUUAAUAUUAUAUUUCUUAUUAUUCUUACUAGUAAUUAUUAUUAUUAUAUUUUUAUAGACCAUCAGUUUAAACUCUACAGAUGGAUUUGCAAGAGAAUGCAAUCAUUUGUCAACUGGCGUUAUACUUCUGGCUGAUAUCAUACCUGGGCUUUUAAUUAAAUCUAUUUCUCCAUUUUUUGGAUUGUAUGUCCAGUAAGUAUUGAUUAUAUCAUAUUUUGCCUUCGGAAAUUAUACAGAUAUAGUCUUCAAUAUUCGGCAUAGAGAUCUAAUAUAUUAAUCAAAUAUGUAUAGCCGAAGACUAGCGUUGUGUAUUGGACUGACAAUAGCUAGUUUUAUAACUGUAGCAAGAGCAGAGACUGAAAUAGUUGCUGCCAUUGGUGUGGCAUUAACAUCUAUGAGUUCAGGACUUGGGGAAUCAACACUAUUAUCUUAUAUGACCAAUUAUCAAAGGUAAAUAUUAAUUUAUACAAUUUUAAUAUUAGUUAAACUGCAGAAUCUCAAUUAAAUUAAAAAUACAAUUUAUUUUUCAUUUAAACAAACCUUGGUAUUUAUUAUUACCUAUUAUACUUAUUUUAAAUUAGUGCUUUUACUAAUUUGGAUUAAUAUUGUGUGAAGUACUUAAUAAGUAAGUAGAAAUUUGACUCAAAUAUAUUAUUGUUAUGGACAGUAUAGACUAUAUUUUUAUAGCUAUGAAUUUUAAUAAACCAUGUUCUUUAACUUGCAGAAAUAUUUUACUAUCUGUCUUUAAACUAUACCUACUAUACAUAGGUAUUAUAUAAUAUAAUAGUUUGGAAAUAAAAAUAAAACAUUGAAAGUAUGAUUUUAAAUUUAAAAAUUUGCAGAAACAUUAUUGCAUUUUGGGCUUCUGGGACAGGAGCUGCUGGUAUAUUAGGUGCCUUGACUUAUACAAUAUUAACUGGCAUUUUUGAACUAUCUCCAUCUACUACGUUGUACUUUAUGCUUAUUGUACCAAUUCUAAUGGCAGUGUCGUAAGUAUUUUUAUUUUGCCAUUAUUAUUGUAUUUUUUAAAAUAUAUAGCUACCCAGCUUAUAGGAGUAUGAUAUAAAUUAAAUUGAAUGACAAACUACAAAUUUAAAGUAGUACCUAUAAAUAAUAGGUCGGUAAGUAUUAAGUAGGGUAGCAAUGACUUAUUUCAUUUUUAAUACUUGGUAUUCUAGUUAUUUGUUAUUAUAACUUACAUGCUAAAAUUAUUUUUUCUAAAUGUGGUCUAUGUGAUUUACAAAAUUAAAAUAUUACACCACAGAAAUUUUCAACACUAAAACACAGAUAUGUACAAUAAACAUUGUUAAAAUAUUAUCUACACCACAGAAAUUAUAAAUAAGAUUGUACAAAAAAUGAUAAUUUUGAAUUUCAACCUCAUAAUAUGAUAUGUUUAUAAAGGACAAGUGUUUUUGGAUAUUAUUUUAAACAUUGUGAAAUACACCUUAUUAAUUUACUAAUCUGUCAAAAAUGUCUUUUAGUCAUAAAAACAAAAACAAAAAUUAUAAUCUAAAUUUUCUAUUAUUAAAAUGUAAAACUGUUGUUAUUUCAUAAAAUUUCUUUUUUAUAAUAUUUUUAGAUUCUGGUUAUUACUAGAACACCCAUGUGAAGAUACAACUCAAGUAGUAUCUCAGAGUUUACCUGAAGAUUCUAAUAUGGAGAUUGAAAGUUUUUCUGUCAAAUUAUCAUACAUACCUUCAUUGUUCAAAUAUAUGAUUCCUAUAGGACUUGUUUUUUUUUUUGAAUAUUUGAUUAACCAAGGUUUAGUAAGUAUACUAGCUGUUAAAUAACUUGUUUAGCCAGUGCCACCCAUUUCAAUUUUUUUCUUUCACCAAUAUUUUCCUCAAAAAACACAUAAUGUGUGGGCAGAACAGGGUUUCACCAGCCCCUUAACGCAAACAUAAAGAACAUUUCAUUUUUUUGCAAGUAUUUAGUAUUGUAAUUGUGUGUUAAACAAAAAAUUGACUGAAAGAAAUAUAUAAUUUCUUUUGUUUCUGUAGAGAGGGAUUGGUGUAACCCAUCUACACCUACACAUUAUGUGUUUUUCUGGGAUGACUAAGGUUGAGCAUAUUCUAAUUUUAGUAGUAUAAAUUUAUAUCAGUGAAAAAAAAUUUUAAGCAAGUGUAGUACAACAAACAGUAAUUUGAUUGAAAGCAAUAUGUCUCUUAAUAAUAACUAUUUUUUUUUUGUUAUGUAGUUUGAAUUAGUUUAUUUUGAAAAUAUAUGGUUAACUCACGCGGAACAAUAUAGAUGGUACCAAGUUUUAUACCAGCUUGGCGUUUUUGUUUCAAGAACUUCAGUGAAUCUAUUUCUGAUUGAAAAAAUUUGGAUAUUGGCAAUGUUACAAGUAUGGAUUAUAUUUUAUUAAGAGUAAAAAUUAUAAACAGGAUCAACUUAAAAUAAUUUAAUUUUAGACUUUUUUAGACUUACAAUCUGGGUUUGAGGACCAAACAAUAAAAAAUUAAAAUUUGUAUAUGUUCAAUUUAUGUUUUCUACUAGAAAUAUUGCUCCAAUAUAUGACAAGAGAUGCUUUUUGUUGAAUUUUUAAUCUAGUUGGUGACUAAGAAAGUCGGUUUUUGUUUUUCUUUGUAGUUUUUUCCUAAUUGAGCUAAACCGAAAAAAAAGUAGACAUAGCAGAAAAUAAUGUUGAUUUUAAAUUUUACUCUAUCAUUGUUAUUCAGGUUUAAAUAUUAGUAGAGAGGUAAAGUAUACUUAUUUUGUAGUCAUGGUAAAAUUUUCAAAACAUUUGAGUUAUUUUUGAGCUAUUUAUAGACAUUUUAAUUUUGCAAGAUUUGUACGUAAUAUUUAUUUGAUAGGUAGUAGGUACUCUGCAGAUAAAUUGUUAAACUUAACAGAAAUUCUAGAAAAUUUGUUGGGAAGUUCAAUAUAAAUCGUACUUUGUGGUCAAAAAAAAAUUUAGUUUAAUAGAGUACUUUUUUUACAAGUAUUAAAAUAAAUUCUGACAAAAAUUGUAAAUAUUAUAACCUUUCAAAACAAGUGUAACCUCCAAAUUGUUUUUCAUUAUCAAUAGUUUAUCAUUGUUUAUAGGUGUUAAUUAAAUAACCUUAUGUAUCCCACCCUCCCCAUUAUUGACCUACUGUAGUGGUGGCUGCACCUGUCCCUAGUAUCAGCUCUUUUUUUAACUUGCAAGUUGCAACUAUUCAUUUCUAUGCAUUUUUAGUAUAUUUUUAAUUUGGAUUAAUAUUUUUAAUGGACUUUUUAAAAUAUAAAAUUCAAUAAUAUAAUAAUAUUUUUUUUUUUUUUCAGGGAUUCAAUGUUGUUUUCUUUUUAGCAGAAACAUUGUAUUCUUUUACACCAAAUAUUUUUAUAAUAUUUAUAAUGAUUGCAUACGAAGGUUUAUUAGGGGGAUCAGCAUAUUCAAACACAUAUUAUUCAAUUAUGAAAAAUGUAAUUACCUUAUUAUUUCUUACUACAUACUUAAAUAUAAUAUAUGUGUGACUUAUGUGCAGACUGAUUCACAAAGAUCUAAUAAAUGUAAUAAUUUUUGUUCUAUUAAAUUUCAAAAGUUCUUUUUACUUUUGUAAUAAUGACUAGUGCUAUGAUUAUUAAAUCUUUUUUUUUUUUAAAAAAAACUAAAAAUUAAAAUUCUGUAAACAUUUUUUUUUUAGAAAAACUAAGAUUUUUUUGCUAUUUUAUUAAUUUAUUUUGAAUUAUUAACAAAUGUUUACCAAUGAAGUUUUUUUAAUUGAUACUACUAAAUAAUAAUUAAAUUCAUUAAAUAUAAUUAAUAGCUAAUAACUAAAAUAAUAAUUCAAUGUUCUUGUAACCAAUACAAAAACAAUUUAAAUAUAUUGAACAUUAGUUAUUGUAUUUGUAAAUUGAUUAGAUCUCCAUGAAUCACUUAAUAUAGGUAUGAACAAAAAUUCAAUUAACUACAUUUUCUUUGUUUGUAGGUACCGAAAGAGAAACAAGAAUUCUCCAUGGCUAUGACAGCAUUUUCUGAUGCUACAGGAAUUGCAUUAUCUGGAUUUUUAGCUAUUCCAUUGCAUAAUCAAAUUUGUCAUUUACCAAAAUGA